ACAAAAAUGCAGCGGGUGCAAUGGGACGAUUAUUUUAAUUCGUAUUGCGGGGUGCCGAAUGCACGGAGCGCGACUCUGUCCUACAUUAGUGACAGAAUGCGUUUGAUCACAGUGACAAUAUUACCUUGAAGACGAUAAGGAUUCAAGCGACUUAUUGUAGCCUUUCAUCCAGUGUUAAAUGCGUCCCGUUGUAUUUGAACUAAAUUCCAGCUUGGCUGUGGAUUGGCUAUAGCUACGACCACAUUGGUUGUGUGUUCACCUUGAUUUUAAGGGUUAAUUGCGUUUCCAGUGGUUUCACUAUUGAAAUGGAGGAAAAUUGUCUUCCCGCGAACAGAAAUAUUUUGUGUCUAUUUGACGUGGACGGAACGCUAACUCCCCCCAGAGAGAAAAUUGACCCGCAGCUGGACGCCUUUUUCCAGUCCCUGCGCAGGAAGGUGAAGAUCGGAGUGGUGGGGGGCUCCGACUACUCGAAGAUUGCGGAGCAGCUGGGGGAGGGCGAUGAAGUUAUUCACAAGUUUGAUUAUGUGUUCGCGGAGAACGGCACCGUGCAAUACAAGGAUGGGAAACUCCUCUCCAAACAGCAAUGCUCAUUGCUGGUUUUUACCGGUUGGCAGGCAAUUCAGAACCAGUUGGGGGAAGAGCUACUGCAGGACCUUAUCAACUUCUGCCUUCGAUACAUGGGACUCCUCAAACUGCCAAAAAAAAGGGGCACUUUCAUUGAAUUCCGGAACGGCAUGCUGAACAUCUCUCCCAUUGGUCGGAGCUGCACGCUAGCGGAGCGAAUAGAAUUCUCUGAAAUUGACAAGAGGGAGAAGAUCCGGGAGAAGUUUGUUGCAGCCCUACAGGAGGAGUUUGCAGGGAAGGGCCUCAGAUUCACCAGGGGGGGCCUGAUCAGUUUCGACGUGUUCCCGGAAGGUUGGGACAAGCGCCUGUGUCUGGAAGUGCUGCAGGGAGACGGGCUGGAGGCCAUCUACUUUUUUGGAAACGAGACGUCGCGUGGGGGCAACGAUUAUGAGAUUUUCAACGACCCGAGGACCAUCGGCUUCACCGUCUAUUCCCCCAGUGACACAGCCAGACAGUGCAGGGAUCUGUUCUUCAGCCCUCCACCCAAGUACUGCGGUCAAGCAUGAGGAACAUCCUGUCUGCGGCCCUCAUGCACCCCCUGGUGUCCAGGAUGUGUACUGCACUAAGCGUAGAAGGAGAGUGGGGGGGUACAACACUACUGAUUAACUACUUGAUCACUAAUUAUUGUAACAUGAUAGUAAUUGGUGAAUGAAUGAUAACGCAAUCAAAAGUAAUGUUCAAGGAUGGACCUGAGAAGCAUAAAGUGCUUUUAAACAUGGACAAAAUGGUGGCGCCGUAUGAGGUACUGCCAUAUCCCAAAAGGAGAGAUGCUCGUCUCACACAAUGUGGAUCCAUAUUUUUUAUGCUUUUAUAAGCCUAUGCUUUCCUGUGACUUGAAUUGGAAAUGUGUUGUAUGUCAACAUCAGAAGUCUUUUGUGUGGGUAUAUGGAACUGUCAAAUACCCUGCAUAUUUGUAGCAUCUUGUGGACAUCUAUGUACACAAUCACGCCGUAUUUUCCACUCCAGUUGUCGUGUAUAUCUGAGCCCAAAGUUUACGUCGUGAUUGAAAACGUCAAGAAAGAAGACCGGAAGAAUCUGCAGAAUUGGAUUGAAGAGCGUCUGUGUGCAACGGUGCAUUGCUUUAAUUGUGAUAGUGGAGAUUAUGUUGCAGAAACUUAAGUGAAUCUUCUUUAUUUAUUCAAUUAGUUGCAUUUACUUGUUGCAGUAUUUUAAUGCUGAUGUUGAUUUAAUGCUAACGCUCGGAAUUGCACAUACUACAAAAACGGUCUCCUUCCUGGAAAUCCUGUUCGAAGUCUAUUUGCACGUCGGCAAAACCGUCCUAUAAGCUCAAUGAUACAGAAUGUACAAUGGCAGUCGGUUUUCCGAAUCAGCAAGGAAUUUACCCUUGUUGAUGACGAUGACGAAGGUCUCUUGAUAAAAGAGCCUGAGUUCCCCUUCCUGCUUAUGGUGUGGCCAAGUUCACAAGCAGUACGGUUAACAUCACCGUUGACCAUUUUACUUUGUGGACCAAACUUGGGGAAACACCCAAACUGUAGGGAAAAUGUGAGCAAAGAGCUCAAGGCGUUGCUUAUUAAUGCUAACACUUUGUACAUUUAAAGUACCGUUUUUCUUUUUGAGUACUUAAUGUGUUUGCGAAACAGACUGGAAGAGACACUCCUUGCAUUAGUACAACACUGGCUUCCGGUCUGGGCAGCUCCCACCAUCCUGUGAAAGAGGAACCAGUUCUGCUCCAUGUUAACAUGAAGGGUAUAAUCAGCCUCCUCGUGUGUGUAGUGUGUUGUGUGUCACUGGUGAAUCCCACUGUCUAUCCAAGGGAGAUGUGUUUGAAGGAACAUACAUUCCAAAUUGAAGUUUAACACUCUCAACAUGCUCUAGUAAAUAAAAAUAUAUCAACACUCCUUUCAAAUUCUGUAAAGGAAAAAGAAAGCUGUGAAGACUUGUGUCCUGCAGGUGUUUUUGCUUUCUGAGAUCGAGGGACUUGAAUGGAUUGUUGGUGCUGAAACGCACCUACAAUCAGCAUUCCCUGCACCCCACAGUGACUGGAUCCUGACACCCCUGGUGCAGGCAAACCAAUCAGCAUAGCAAGUACAACGUGAAAAAUCUUGAUCGUUCUGCAUGUGCUGGGUAAUGUGAGCAUUUUUGUUUCAUAAUAAAGUGUUGCAAUGAUUGACACUCA